AUGAAUAUGAGCUUCCAUGGUAUGACGCCUUUUCCACUGAUAUUCUUGCUUGGAAUGGUUAUGCUAUUGACAUCAAUAGCUUCCCAAUCCUUGCCUGGUUGCCCAGAUAGCUGUGGAGAUCUCAAAGUUCCAUAUCCUUUCGGGAUGUCCGAAGGCUGUUACCUGACUGACAAAUUUCUCGUUACUUGUAACCAAUCUUUCCAUCCUCCCAAAGCAUUUCUCAGAGGACUUCAUCUCCCUCUUUCGAACAUAUCCCUCGACGGCCAGUUGGCCGUUUUACAAUCUAUAGCUCGAGAUUGUCAAAACCACUCCAGCAGCGGUGCGGCAAAGGAUGAUCACCCUGACACCGCUACUGUCUCAUUGCCCCCGGUUGCUAUCUCCGAUACAGAAAACAGGUUCACUGCCUUCGGCUGCGAUACUACAGCAGUUCUUCAAGGGUACAGGGGCAAAGAAAGGAUCACAAGAAAAUGCAUAUCCUUGUGUGACAGUAUGGGUGAUCUUUUUAAUCAUAAUUCUUGCUCGGGUUUCGGUUGCUGCCAAACUCCUGUACCUGCCGGACUGAGAAAUAUUACAGUGUCUGUGUCGAGCUUUAGUUCCAAAAGUUAUUCGGAUUCAGAUGAUUGGGCAUCCUAUAAUAUUACCAAUUGUAGAUAUGCCUUUGUGAUGGAAGAAAGCAAAUUCAAGUUCUCUACAAGUUUCAAAGAAAUAUUAAAUGGCAAAGAAAAGGUUCCAAUGGUUAUAAAUUGGGCAAUUGGGAAAGAGAGCUGCAGUGAAGCUAAGAAAAAAAGCAAUUUCUCAUGCAAAGGAAAGAGCAGUUGUGUCGACACCAGCAACUUGUCUGGUUACCUUUGCCGAUGCUUACCUGGUUACCAAGGGAACCCAUACGUUGAAGAUGGUUGCCACGGUAUAUGCCAUACCGCUCUUGUAUUUAAAUAUGCUUAUAGCGGAGUAUAGAAAUUCUAUGAUCCAGAAAAACUUGCAGAUAAAAUAGAGAAACUAUUGUCAGUAACAGAUUCCAAAGGCUAUUAUUGACAAUAACAUUUUGUGUAUCAUAUGUUUAUAUGGAAUGGACAUCUAUAUCAUAAAAAGACUAUAACAAAG